AUGACACGUAAUAUCCUUGCUUUACAACAAAAUUUAAAGAAUAUUGUUGAUAUGCCUGAAGAAAUUUCAUUGGAUAAAAGUAGACAAUAUUAUGAAUUGUUCAAUUUAGGACCAACGGACAUGAUUGCGCAAAUAAGAGAACACGGGUCUCAAUUUUCAUUUGAUGAGUACAAGACAAUGUUACAAAUUAUGUUAAAGAUUGAUCCCAAUGAAGUACAACAACAAGGAACUACUAAACGUGAAAUCCGUGAUACAGUUCGUGUUGCUGAUGGGGUAGAAUUGGUAGAAUUGGUAACUGCAUACGCCAAAAAUUUAAAAACCCCAUUUAGUUCAUCUGUAUCUGUAUUAUCCAGUAUAAAUUUAAGACGAAAUAAAAAAGUUAGUCAAUAUAGCUCCGACGAAGAAAGCGAUCAACUUUCAGAAACGACACCACUCAAUGCGAGAAAUGAUGACUUACCAUUACCUUCUACUUUUAGUAUUAAACAACAUAAUCCUUGGAUAGUUUUUAAAACUCGACUUCGAUAUUAUGUUCCAGUAUUUAGUUGGUUACCGACUUACUCUCUUGAAACAUUUUGGGGUGAUUUUGUGGCUGGUUUAACAGUAACUGCUAUUCUAUUACCUUCGGGUUUAUCAUAUUCUGUAUUGGCAAAGUUACCGGCAGUUCAUGGUUUAUACGCUAUUGUAAUACCGGGUGUUAUUUAUGCAUUUCUUGGAACUUCAAGACAAUUGGUUAUAGGUCCAGAAGCUUUGAUUGCUAUGCUUGUUGGAUCAUCAGUGGCUCAACAACAAAAAUAUAUUGGUAAAGAAGGUGAUCCGGAUACAGCCAUAGCAAUUGCUGGAUUAAUUACAUUCUUUGUGGGAAUUUUGACAUUUAUACUUGGAAUAGUUCGAUUGGGAUUUUUGGAUUCAGUUCUAUCUCGUGCUUUAUUACGAGGAUUUAUUUCUGCUAUAGCAAUUGUUAUUAUGAUAGAACAACUUUUAAAUAUGUUAAAAUUAACUGAGUACGCUGCUCGAGAUGGUAUUGGUCACGCGUCAUCAACAGUUGAAAAAUUUAUUUAUAUUAUCAAACAUCUAAAUAAUGCGCAUAGUCUUACGAGUAUAGUUUCUUUUUCAAGUUUGGCAUUUCUGAUGAUUUCUGGAUUCGCUAAAAGUAAAUUUUCCAAAAGAUAUGCCUGGGUUCAAUUCAUUCCUGAAAUUCUUAUCUGUGUAAUUAUCUUUACUAUUCUUUGUUCAAUUUUUGGAUGGUAUGAUGAUGGAGUUUUAAUCCUUGGACAAAUAAAAGGAGGUGGAUUUCCUAAAUUUAAAAUUCCAUUUCCUGCUUUACCUCAUUACAAGGAUUGUUUUCAGACAGCAGUUUUAGUUUCAGUUGUAGGAUUUGUAGAAUCAAUUGUAGUUACCAAAACUUAUGCGACAAAACAUAAUUAUUCUGUUAGUGCUAAUCGUGAAUUAGUUGCACUUGGAGCUGCUAAUUUAAUUGGUAGUUUAUUUCAAUGUUUUCCCGCUUAUGGUGGUAUGGCAAGAAGUCGUAUAAAUGAUAGAGCUGGGGCCAGAACUCAAUUAGCUGGUUUAAUAACUGGAUUUUUCGUAUUAUUUUGUCUAUUUUUCCUUCUUCCAUUAUUUUAUUAUUUACCAAGUCCAGUAUUGGCAUCGAUUGUUUGUAUGGCAGCUUUAUCUUUAUUACAUGAACUUCCUCACGAUUUAUAUUUCAUGUAUAAAAUUAAAGCGUGGAAUGAUUAUGCUUUAUUACUUUUGACAUUCUUUACUACAAUCUUUGUAUCAACUGAAUAUGGAACUUUGAUCUCCGUGGCAUUAUCUUUAGUACUUGUAGGUAGAAUCGGUAAUACGGACAAAUUUAAACCAAUUAAAGAUUUCCCAGAUCAAGCAGAACAUGUAAAAGGGUUACUUGUAAUCAGAAUAGCGGAACCAUUAUACUUUGCUAAUACUGGACAAUUAAAAGAUCGAUUAAGACGAUUAGAAGAAUUUGGUGAUAUGAGUGUACAUCCUUCUGAAGAUGCUCGAAUGUCACCAAUUACAAAUGUAAUAUUUGAUAUAGAAACAAUGGAGAAUCUUGAUGCCAGUGCUGCGCAAAUUUUAGUGGAAAUUGUUGAAGCUUAUAAUCGUCGUGAUGUUAAAGUAUAUUUUACUAAAUUACGUGAAAAUCAAAAGAAAUUAUUCAUUCGAUCAGGUUUAUGGGAUAAAAAUAAUUUCAACUAA